AUGCUCCGAGUACUUGACAACAUCUACUCCAGAGGAAUCUGCCACGGCGCCUUCCGUCCGUCCAAUAUUCUGCAUAAACAAACGGGCAUCGACACAUUGCCAAAGGCCCAGAUGCAGCAGCUAUUGGGCGAGCCCGAACAGGGUUUUGUCAAAACUAUCGCGAAGGACGACCCGGGCUCGAUGGCUCCACGGUAUGCCGGGCGGUCUGUAUGCACCAGUGCGCUCGAGCCUUUCAUAGUCCCCGAAAACAUUGCGGACAUCGAUUUCGGGGUGGCGUUUGAUAUUUCUUGUCCUCCAAUGACAACGGGUAUCCCAAUGGCUUACGCAGCCCCGGAGCUUCUUUUCUAUGGGCGGCCCAGCAAUAAGUCGGAUGUUUGGUCUCUGGGAUGUACCAUGCUGGAACUACUGAGGAGCGAGAGGUUCGGAAGCGACAUCGACCGGGAGGCAUGUCUACUUCACCAGGCGUGGAAGUGGGAGGAAUAUCGAGGAUUUACUAUAUCAUGCCACAAGAGGUGGUUCUGGUUCUUUUGGACCACAAAUGGUUUCGGGGUUAUGGCGUUGCCUGAGCACCUCAGCCACAGCUUAUAG